AUAAAACCCAAACUGAAGCCAGGUUACCGUACAAAAACGAUGAACGAAGUUUCAAAUAAUGAGAGACCCCAUUAAGAAGUAGAAGUACAUAAACUCACUCAUUAUGCACGCAUUCUGCAAAAGGGGUCAACUACAGGAGGCUCUGAGACUAAUUCUCUCAAACCCAACUCAGUUAGACUCUUAUUAUUCUUGCUACAUGAAUAUCUUGCAGCUCUGCAUCGAUGAACGAGCAGAAAGACCCGGUCUUUUGGUUCAUAACCACGCAAUAACAAGUGGGUUUGAUUCAAAUUUGAAUUUAAACACCAAGCUGGUAAUGUUUUAUUCGAAAUUUGGCCGCAUUGUUAGUGCCCGUAACGUGUUUGAUCGAAUGCCUGAGAAAAAUGUUGUGUCUUGGACCGCUAUGAUUUCUGGGUAUGCUCAAAGUGGAUGUUAUGAAAAUGUUUUGGUGAUGUUUUUGAAUAUGCGUCAGGCAGGUUAUAGAGCUAAUCAGUUUGGGUAUGGUAGCGUGUUGAGGGCAUGUACAGGUUUGAGGUGUUUGGAAGUAGGGAUGCAAAUACAGGGGUGUAUUCUGAAAGGUAGGUUUGCUGAGAACUUGUUUGUGCAGACUGCGUUGGUUGAUUUUCAUUCAAAGUGUGGAAAGAUAGAGGAUGCGCGUUAUUUGUUUGAGGAAAUGUCGGAAAGGGACUUGGUCUCUUGGAAUGCAAUGAUUGGCGGCUAUGCUGUUCAGGGCUUUGCUGAUGCCUCAUUGCAACUGUUUCAUUCAAUGAUGAGGGAAGGCAUGUUCCCUGAUUGCUUCACCUUGGGGAGUGUUUUGAGAGCCUUAGCUGGAGGUAGUGGUUUAAUGAAGGUAAGUCAAAUACAUGGGUUCAUCAUGCAAGUGGGGUUUGGAUCACACAAAACUUUAAGUGGAUCGCUGAUCAAUGCAUAUGCUAAAUGUGGAAGUGUAGAGAGUGCUCAUAAAAUAUACAAGAACAUGAUGAAAAAGGACAUUAUAGCUUGCACUGCACUGAUAACUGGAUAUGCACAAGAAGGUAACUACAGCAGAGAUGUGCUAGAUCUCUUUAAAGAAAUGACUCUUAUGCACCUGGCCUUGGAUGGUAUUAUAUUAUGCUCCAUGCUUAACAUAUGUGCCAAUAGUGCUUCAUUGAUCUUGGGAAGACAAAUCCAUGCCCUGACUUUUAAACACCAACCUUGUUAUGAUGUGGCCAUGGGAAAUGCUCUAGUUGAUAUGUAUGCCAAAUGCGGAGAAAUUGAAGAUGCUAACCAUGCUUUUGAUGAGAUGGAAGAAAAAAAUGUUAUUUCAUGGACAUCGCUGAUUUCUGGUUAUGGAAGGCAUGGCUUAGGACAUAAGGCGAUUGCUUUAUAUAAAAAGAUGGAAUAUGAGGGGUUGGAACCUAAUGGUGUCACAUUCUUGUCUCUUCUCUUUGCUUGCAGCCAUGCUGGAUUGACAGGUGAAGGAUGGGAAUGCUUCAAUACUAUGUUCAGCAAAUACAACAUCUUGCCUCGAGCUGAGCAUUUUUCUUGCAUUGUAGAUCUUUACGCACGUGCAGGUUUGUUAGAAGAAGCUUACAAGUUGAUAUGUGACAUGAACAUCAAGCCUAAUGCCUCACUUUGGGGAGCCAUUCUUGGGGCAUGUAGCAUAUAUGGUAAUAGAUCACUUGGAGAACUAGCAGCAAUGCAUCUUUUUGAGAUGGAUCCAAAGAAUUCAGUUAACUAUGUUGUUCUAGGAAGCAUAUAUGCUGCAUCUGGAGCAUGGGACAAUGCUUUGGAAACCCGAAAUUUGCUAGAAAACAGAAGUUUGAAAAAGGAACCAGCACAGAGCCUUUUACAAUCCACAACAACGAAAACUGUGCUAUUUCAGCCAACUUAAGACAGUAGAACUUGCUAAAUUUGUUGUUCAUCCUUGAAGAGGAGCAAAGAUUUAUUACCAUGCUGAUCAUGUGGAUGUUUUGUUUUGCUCCAAGAGUAGAUGAAAGUGCCUUGUUUAACUCGUUAUACUUUUGGGAUGUCAUCAUUGUCCACACAGACCGCUUUCACAUAUUGCUUCUAAACACUCAGGCACGGAGGAAGAGUCUUUAGGAUCAAGUUUAACCCACCAAACAAAAACAAGCGAAAUCAAGGUUCCGGUAGAUAAGUUCAGAGUACUGGAGAUAGCCAGAUAGGAGCUCUUCCUAGGUUAUGUCCUUUGAUAAGUCCAUGCUCCUAAGAGGAACUAGGCCUUUUCAGAAUGCUCUGCUUGUUACAAUCUCAUUAUAAUCUGUGGUCGUCAGUAUGAUCCAUAUCCUCCUGGACUAAAGAACUUACGAAUCGGAGUUCUUGUUGCAGGGAAGAGUUACCUGGGUUAAGAGACAAGUGAUGAGUUUGCUACUGUAAAAGCAUUCCAACCGCUUAAAGAAUGUCUCAGCUUUCUAAACUUAAGAAAAGAUUAGAAGUUGAAAAUACUUCUUUCAUGGCUGUCAACAUAGCAAACGUGGUGGAGAGCAACAUCCAAGGCUGGAUGACAUCUUAUAAAGUCAACAUACAAAUUGACUUAUUUAUAAGAUUUGUAUCGACUCGAACAUGAGAAUUAAUAAAGAAGUUGAGGUUUUUUUG